UCUGAAGCUACUCCUAUCCCCAAUAACUCCUCAAUGGACCACCACAGUUCAAUCUCCCGAACAAAUGUCCAAUCCUCACAGAAGAAACCUUCUAAAUCUAGGCGUAAACUUGGUGGUCUUUUCAGCUGCUGUUUUGGGAAAUAAAAAUUCCUUUAAGAAUGAAGGGUCCUGGCAUAGAAAAGUACAGCCGAUCAAUUCAGCAGCCGACAAACGUCGCAGUGAAGCUAAGCUGUUAGAAGUCAAGAAAAGCAGUCAAGGAGUCACUUUUAAGUUUGAUAGAGAGGUCAUGGGAAGUGACCAUGGUAGUGUAUCUGACGCUAGUGCCCAGAACAGUCAAGAAGAAAUUAAGUUGCAGAAGAACAAUCAUUUUGAGACAAGUGUUAAGUUAUUAGGCAACCAGGUAGGCCCAGAUGUAGGAAAGAAAACUUUAGUGCUUGAUUUAGACGAAACUUUGGUACAUUCAAUCUUUGGGAAGGAGAGUAACCCUUCUUGAACAUUUUCAUUACUGUUUAAUAAGGAGUAUUAUUUGGUUAGCACAGAAAAGAGACCAUAUUUGGAUGAGUUCUUAGAAGAGGUUUCUCAGCUCUAUGAAAUUGUUUUCUACACUUCCAGUGUGGAAGGAUAUGCGAAUAACGUGAUCGAUUAUAUUGAUCAGAACAAAAUUGCCUCAGGACGUCUUUUCAGAGACGCUUGUAUAUGUAGGAACGAGGUUUAUAUAAAAGAUCUCGAUAGGCUAGGGAGAGACUUAUCAAAUGUAAUUGUUAUUGAUAAUUCUCCAUCUUCAUACUGAAAUAAUGUAGAGAAUGCAAUCCCAAUUAAAAGCUGGUUUAACGACCAGAACGAUUCAGAGUUAUUAGACUUGAUUCCAAUUUUGCAAUCUAUUGCUAAAGUAAAAGAUGUCCGCAAUGUGAUUCGUAAAAUUAUCCAUCAAAUGUCUUCAAGUUAUGAUCCUAAUAUAAAAUUAGAAGACACUGAAUUCCAGAAUGAUGAAAACAUUAAGAUUAGUGAUAGAGAUAAAUACAUUCAGGUUAUUGGAAAUUAUCACCCAGAUAUUGAAGCAUAUAAUCCAGCUAGGUUGUCUCGGAAUAAUAUUGAGAAUAAUCUAACCUCAGCUUCUAGAAGUAUUAGAUUUUCGCAUGAAGAAAUAAAUGCUUUUGUAUUUAAUCAUGUUCAUUGUCAAUACUCAUCGAAUGAGCCUCAAGACCAAGUUUUAUUUGACACUGAAGGGACAAAGACAAACAAUUCUGCGACUCACGAGAGGAGGGCCUUUUUCCAAAAAGUUCAUGAAGUCGACAGUGAAGAUAGUGAUGCUUCAUCUUACUCGAAUAAUGAUCACUCUUAUUCCUCUUUCACCGGCGAGAACAGGUCGAAUAAUACUUUCGCUCAAAAUUUGUACAAGAACCUUGAGAAUCCCUCCUCUGUGUCUGACUCUUUCAAUAGUGAUAACUUUGCAGACCAUCUGGGUAAAGAGGAUCGUAAAGGAAGGAGAAAUGAUGAUCUUAAGACAUUCUUUUGCUUUGAUAGAUAAAGGACUCUCAAUUUUAAUUAAGGUAUUCAUUUUA